AGUGACACUUGUUAUCAUUCGUUUGUUGUACGUGUGCAAAUUCAGGCUGUUUUUCAUCUAAUCUUUCUAAGUGAAUUGCUGAGUGAUAUCAAUUAAUCAAUCGAAGAGCCACUAUGACGAGUGUGGAGAAGCAGAAAUCCUUCAUCGAGGGAGAAUUGACACAACUGAUCCUGGCCAAUAACGAUGAAUUCCGGAAUUGCAGUCUCGUCGAGAGCAAGGCCACAACAUCGCCCCAACUGGAUGGAUUUAUGGCAAUUAUCUUCAAAUUAAAUAUGAUUGUGCAAUGUCAAGAGACUCUUGAGAAGAGAACUCAUGAGAUGAUCGUGAAGCUUAUGAAGGGAUCUGAGGACUUUCGCACUACGAGCAAGUCAUUCACGCAGUUUGGCAAUGAGGUGUACAUUUACGGGAAGGUCAUCCCAACUUUUGGGGCGUUCCUGGACAAGAGAAACACGGCAAUUGAGUGGAGAAAUUGGUGUCCAAAGGUCUAUUAUUACUACUAUGGCAAAGUGCCUUCCUUGAGCAACAUUCCCGAAUCCGUUCUCGUGUUGAAGAAUAUUUCUCCAUUGGGCUUCAGAAAUCCCACUUCGAGGCUGGAAUUGGAUGCUGAUCAUCUGUUCUUCAUGCUGAAGACGAUUGGAGAGUACCAUGCGCUCAGCUACGCCAUGAGAGUGGCCGAUGAGGCUCAGUUAAAGAAAUUAGUCAGCGGAAUUGUUCCUCUUGUCUACGAAGAUAAAGGCAAUGUGGAGAAUCUCUAUGAUGUUAACUACAAAGUUGGUCUGCAUCGCUUGUUUGACUUCUUAGACCGACGUCCUGAGCUGAAUGUUGGGAGAAUGAAGGAAGAACUCGAGGUGCUGCGAAGGAAGUAUUCCAAGUGCCCCACAAAACUCCUCGAUCUCCUUCGCCACGAUGACUAUCCUUACUCCGUAAUCGAACACGGAGACUACAAUCGCAACAACGUCCUAUUUAGAUACGACGACAAGGGUUCCAAGCCUCUCGACAUGCGGAUGAUUGACUUCCAGGAAGUGCGAUACGGAUCGCCAGCCUUUGAUCUAUCUUUCUUCCUCUACAUGAACACCUCUGCGUCUAUUCGAGAGCAGUCCUGGGAGGAUCUUCUGCGCUACUAUCACACGUCUCUCUUCAAGUGCCUCACAGACAUCCUGAAGUGCGACGAGAACGACGAGAGACUGAAGGUUUAUCGCUUUGAGAAUUUUCUGCAGCACUUCUCACGCUUUGCAAUCUACGGAGUUCUCGUCACAAUUCACUUCCUGCCCUGGAUGGACUGCUGUGAGGAGGAGUGCGACGAGCUCAGCAAGCACUUCGAGCUCAACAUGAAGAGCCAGGAGUUCUGGAAUAUCGCCACAACAGCCGGUGGCGAUGCGUCCAACGAGAAAAUCCUUAGUGCCGUGAAACACGCCAGCAAAAUGGGAUAUCUCACGUUUUUGCUCAAUGACUAGCGCUUAUCGGCGCACGGGGAGGAUCAAUCAAGUGCCUGGGACAGGUGCCUUGCCCAAUAAAUCACAGCUGGAAGAGUCGCUGAUGUGUCUUAAUUAA